AUGUUGCGAUGUAAAGAAUGUAAGCCGGUCGAACUGCGUCUCUCUCACGGACUAUCUCAUCCUGGUCAGCGUCACACGGCCUCGUCGUGUCCACUCUACGUUCAUGUCAUCGACGGUCGAUCACCAGCCAUGGCGGAGGCGACCACCUCCCAGAAAUGUAAGGACGAGAACGAGCGGUUCCCGAUGAUGGACUGGUCUCAGUACGACACGUUCCCGGGCUCCUUCGAGAAGUGUUCGCUGAUGACGGCGGCCCUCACUCACGUGGGCAUGUACCUGCUCAUGUUCCUCGGCUUCGUGAACCAGCUGCUCUUCAAGCCGAAGGUGGCCACCGAGAGGAACCGGGAGGGCUACGCUCCGCUGUACAACCCGUUCGAGCAGUUCUUCUCCCGCUACGUGUACCGGCGCGUGCGGCACUGCUUCAACCGACCCAUCAGCUCCACGCCCGGCGCCGAGCUGACGCUCAAGGAGCGCCACACGGACGAUUAUAACUGGUCCUUCAGGUUCACGGGCACGGAGAAGCGCUGCAUCAACCUGGGCUCCUACAACUACCUGGGCUUCGCGGAGGCGAGCGGGCCCUGCGCGGAGGCGGCGGAGGCGGCCGCCAGGCGCUACGGGCUCGCGCUCGCGUCCUCCCGCGGCGAGCUCGGCUCCACGGCCCUGCACGACGAGUUGGAGCGGACCACGGCCGACUUCCUCGGCGUGGAGGCGGCCGUGGUGUUCGGGAUGGGGUUCGCGACCAACGCGCUCGGCCUGCCGGGCCUGCUGGGCGGCGGCGCGCUCGUGCUCAGCGACGAGAACAACCACGCCUCGCUCAUCCUCGGCCUGAGGCUCGCCCGCGUCGCCGUGCGCGUGUUCCGACACAACGACGUGCGGCACUGCGAGCGGCUGGCGCGGGCCGCCCUGGCCGAGGGCCGCUGGACCAAGGUCGUCAUCGUGGUGGAGGGCGUGUACAGCAUGGAGGGCUCCGUGGCGCCGCUGGCCGCGCUCGUGGCACUCAAGAAGCGCCUGGGCCUGUACCUGUACCUGGACGAGGCGCACUCGGUGGGUGCCAUGGGCCCGCGCGGCCGCGGCGUCACCGACCACUGCGGCGUGUCCCCGCGGGACGUCGACGUCCUCAUGGGCACCUUCACCAAGAGCUUCGGCGCCGCCGGAGGAUACAUAGCGGGCUCCCGCCGGCUGGUGGAGUGGGUUCGCGGCCGCUGCCACGCGCACGGUUACGCGCACGCCAUGUCUCCCCCGGUGGCGGCGCAGGUGCUGGCGGCCAUGCGCGCCAUCUCCUCGCCCGUGGGCCUCCAGCGCGUGGCUCGUCUCCGGGACAACACGCACCACUUCCGUCGCCGGCUCCGUGAGAUGGGCGCCAUCACGUUCGGGCACGAGGACUCGCCCGUGGUGCCCAUGCUGGUGUACACGUUCAGUAAGAUGGCGGCCACCGUGGAGCGGCUCACGGAGCGCGGCCUGGCCACGGUCGGCGUCGGCUACCCCGCCACGCCCCUCAACAAGGCUCGCAUCAGGUUCUGUCUGUCGGCGGCUCACUCCCGGGCCCAGAUCGACCGCUGCCUGGACUCCAUCGAGGCGGUCGUGCAGGAGGUGGGUCUCCGCUACUCUCGCCGCUAG